AUGCGCUCUCAGAGAUACUUUCAAUCGCUCGUUACCCCUCAUCAACUCGCCACUCUAGUCUCGGGCGAUGAUCGUUGGUGCCGGAACUCUUCGUCGCCGCACUGGAAUGGCCAGGAUUUCACCCGGUGUGCUCGUCUAAAAUACUUAAUCGGCGAGCCUGCUCUAGUUCUUCUUUUCCUACUGGGCGGGUCAUUCAUCCUACCGUGUCUUCCCCGUCUAUGGGAAUGGAUCCGACGCAUGAACACUGGUGGAUCAUGGAUGAAGAGGCCAUACGAAGCAUUGCACAACCCCACCCCUCCUCAAGUUACUCGCAAAGACCCCGAUUUGAAUGGACCUCAGGCCGUCUCUCAAGCUGAAGAUCAGAUCAUUGCUAUCGAAGUUAUGCGCGAGGGCGGCUUGGGAAUAGAUGAACAAGACCGUCAAGAGCUCCUCCGACUCCACAAUCUUCCAUGCCCGCCAAACAUCCACCUGCACUCUUGCGCCGAGCCUACGGGCUAUUCUACCGCCUUGAUCAGAUCCUGGAAGGAAUUCUCCAUCACCGCUUGCACGGUUGGAAUGCUCUUCACCGCACUCGCACGUUACCUCAUCUCAACUGAUGCCGACGCAGGAUCGAAUUGGCUUCUAAUCCCUGUCAUACUCUGGUUGUCUGUAUCAGUGAUAUCAACCAUAAAACUUUUUAUCCAAAUCCAAUCCACAAUUCGCAACAAGCCCCAUCCUGACCCGAAAUAUUUUGGGCUAGAAUAUCGCACCGUGCCCAUUUAUCUAGUCAGCUUGCCUCUUGAGUUGCUCGACACCCGCAGCAUUUUACUCCAACAUUUCAGCGGGCAACACACCGCUGAAGCGACAUCUCAACUCAUGCUCAUCCGCUUGUUGACCCUCACAUUCUUGAUCACCGCAAACGUGCUCGAGUUAAUGACACCAAGGCCCACGACACUGCUCCCGGGCGCACCCAAGCAUCCGAGCUCAACCAUCCCAGCUGCGGAAUUGCAGCCUGCCGUCGAGCGGCCUGGUCCAUUAGAGCCUGGGCGCUCGUUGCUAUCUUUGGCUUACUUUAUCCACACUGAUUCCUACUUAUGGCGGCAUAAAUCAUCGACAGCGACAGAAGAAUCGAUUCCAGAUGUACGAGUUGACGACAAGUCUGCGGCAGUUCUGUUUCGUUGGAAAAAAGACCAAGAUGAAUAUAAAGCAGAAAACAUCAAUCCAAGCUUCUUGCGUGCAUUGUCCUGGCAUUUCAGGAAUAUCCUCAUGAGUCAACAACUUUUCGCUUAUUUCAACGCCGUUGGAUCCUUGUUGCCCCCGUUUUUCUUGCAACGUAUCAUCGGUUACAUUCAAUCUAAAUCAGGCGAAAAUCCACAACCAGUACAUGUGGCCCUGCUGUAUGCUUUUGGGAUGCUUGCGACUCAAGUGUUCUUGGCCUUUUCACAGUCUGCUAGUCUUAUGAUCGGCCGGCGUCUCUCGGUACGCUUGCGGGCCUUGUUGAUUACUCUAAUAUUCACCAAAUCUCUUCGGCGAACUGGCGUGAAUCCGAAAGUAGCGGAAGUUGUAGACUCGAGUGAUGAUGGAUCCUCCUCAACUGGCAGUAGCUCGGCAUCAAAGGAAGAUCCAGAGGCUAGUGCGUCCACAGGAAAAAUUGCCAACCUCGUCUCUAAUGAUGUGGCCAGCUUGGCCGAAAUCGGUGCCUACCUUCAUUUCCUCUGGCCCGAAAGCGCCAUUCAGAUUAUCCUAGCGGGUAUAUAUCUUUACGUCCUUCUGGGUUACAGCGCUUUGGCUGGGAUGUUUUGCAUAGUAAUCGCCUUACCUAUCCAGAGCUACUUGACUGCUCUUUGGGCUAGAUAUCAAGACAUGCUGAUGGCAGCAGCGGAUAAACGGUUAGGCCUGGCAACCGAGGUGAUCAACAAUAUCAAAGUGGUUAAAUUUUUUGCCUGGGAAUCAAACUUUUUACAAAAGAUGCAAGUUUUGCGUGAAGCAGAAUUGGCUGUUUUGUUCAAGCGCCUCUUAGUUACCAUCGGCGAAUCUACAGUAUCAUUUUCUGUACCGAUCUUUGUUAGCAUUGUGACCUUUUACACGCACACAAAGGUUUUUGGGAAAUCAUUAACAGCAGAAGAGGCUUUUACCGCGUUGGCCUUGUUCAAUGUCUUCAGGUUUCCACUUUCCGUCCUGGUCGGGAUGAUCUCUGGACUCUUGCAAUCAUAUGUUUCUUUGAAGCGAAUCGAAGCCUUCUUGAAUGAAAAAGAGACAGAAAAGUACUCCACAUUAUCCGUGCCCCGACCUGAAGCAGGAGACCCACUCGUCGGUUUCAAGAAUGCUACGUUCACCUACGACGCGAAGCAAGAAGAUGCAGGCCCCACUAUCGAGUCCUCCACAUUCAAGUUAAGUGGGCUUAACUUUGCUUUCCCCGAAGGGAAACUCAGUUUGAUUAUAGGGCGAGUUGGCAGUGGGAAAGGUACACUUCUUCUGUCGCUCCUUGGCGAAACUACCAAGCUUAGCGGAGAAGCGUUCUUACCUUCACCCGUAUCGAGAGCCUGGGGAUUAGAUCCUGACGCUCAACUCACCGACACUACCGCGUACUGCCCACAACAGCCAUGGCUUUUGUCUGAUUCGAUCCGCAAUAACAUUCUCUACGGUAGUUUGAUGAAUCGCACAAGAUACACCCAGGUACUCAAGGCUUGUGCAUUGGCUUCGGAUCUCACAACGUUUACUGAUGGCGAUUUGACGGAAAUCGGCGACAAAGGUACGGUGUUGAGUGGAGGCCAGAAAGCUAGGAUUUCUUUGGCUCGGGCGUUAUAUUCCCCCGCCAAAGUUCUCUUAUUGGACGAUGUUUUGAGCGCUGUAGACUCUCAUACCGCCCAACAUUUAUUUAACCAUGCGUUGAUUGGCCCUCUGAUGAAGGAUCGGACAUGUAUACUAGUAACGCACGCCGUCGACUUGUGCAUGCCAGCUGCAUCGUUUGUUGUCUCCUUGGAUCGAGGGCAAGUUGUACACGCUGGGGACCCCAAGCUCGAUUCUGUCUUGGUUUCUACAUCGGAGAACACUGAAGUCGAAAACAAGAAAAGUUCCCCCGAGAUUAGUCCGGAGCCUACAAUUGAGAACCUCGCGGAGCCUGUUUUGAACGAGGAGGACGCAGUAGUCGAAAUCAAGACGCGGGCAACCCAAAGAUUGGUCGAGGAAGAGCAUCAAGCCGUCGGGGCAGUCAGUCUGACAACUUACAAACUCUAUUACGAUUGUUUGGGUGGCUUGAUGCCCAUUUCCAACACUUUUGUCUUGUUCAUUUUGGCGGAACUGGGAAAUGUUCUAUCAACAUGGGUCCUCAAGCAAUGGGCCGAAAGUAAUCAAACAUCUCCUGGUCCGACAAGCCCAAUUUCUUCCAGCUUACUCAAUAUUUCAAGUGUAGUUACAUCUACCAAGAUUUCAUCAACAAGCCCGGAACUGCUGUAUUUUCACUCAGAUUCUUCGUCAGAAAAGGACCCAAGCCGAGAAGCCCGUUUAGAUCGUUAUAUUUUGUUAUAUCUACUCACCGGUAUGUUCGCACUGGCCUUCGAGCUCAUUCGAGAGACUUAUUUCACUUGCCGAAGUAUUAUCGCUGGCCGCAAAAUAUAUGAACGUCUGAUCGGCACACUUCUCAAUGCUCAAGUGCGAUUUUUCGACACUGUACCUAUGGGCCGAGUGCUCAAUCGACUGUCUACUGAUGUCCGCACAGUUGACCGAGACCUGGCAGAUGCGCUCAUUUAUAUGGCAGAGGAUGUUUUGGGCACAAUCGCUAUUUUGAUCGUCGUCAUCGCCGUGCUGCCGAUGGGAUUCCUUGUUUCGACCAUGGGAGCUUGUAUGAUCUACGUCGCGAUCGGCUAUCUAUACCUGGCUUCGACGAGAGAAAUCAAACGUUCCGAGUCGACUUCUCGUUCUCCUGUGAUCUCGCUGUGCACGGAAUGCUUGGGUGGCGUCACUUCAAUCAGGGCAUACGGCGAUAUUGGGCGUUACACUCAGCAGAUGUUCAAACUUAUCGACGCAUACAACCGUCCCUUCUUUAUGCUAUGGAUGUGCAACAGAUGGCUUUCUUGUCGAAUUGAUACUGCUGCCGCACUCUUUACUUUCCUGGUAGUCGUUUAUAUGAUUCAAAGCGAUAUGCCGGCCGCCUUGUCCGGUUUUGCGUUGUCAUAUGUGAUCACUCUUAACACGAAAACCUUGUGGAUCGUCAGAUGGUGGAGCGUGAAUGAAAUAAAUUUCAAUUCUAUGGAGCGAAUUCAUGAGUAUCUUGGUGUCGAACAAGAGCCCAAGAAUGGGAUUCAGCCGCCCGCCGCCUGGCCUUCAAAACUAGGAACCAUCGAAGUUGAGGGCCUGACGGCCCGGUAUGCACCUCAUUUGCCACCGGUCUUGAAGUCGGUCAGCUUUAGUGUCAAAGCCGGUGAGAAGAUUGGCAUUUGUGGGCGAACCGGAAGUGGGAAAAGUACAUUGGCUCUAAGCUUCUUCCGAUUCAUCGAAGCCGAGGCCGGCCGCAUUUUCAUUGAUGGUCUCGAUAUAUCAAAGCUAGACCUGGCCUCUCUGAGAAGUAGACUGACUAUCAUCCCGCAGGAGAGCGUGUUGUUCUCUGCAACAAUUCGAUGGAACUUGGAUCCCUUCUCAGAACAUGAUGAUAGCCGCAUUUGGGAUGCAUUGCGUCGAGUUGGAAUGGCUGCUCCUUCAUUCGAACUCCCGCUAAAUGGCAGUAACGCUGCAAACGCACCACCUGAGACCAGUUCAAGAGGCCAGGAUUUACAGUUCAUCACAAGUCUAGACAUGGAGGUUAAAGAAGGUGGGAAGAACUUCAGUACAGGUCAACGCCAGCUCCUGGCGAUCGCCCGUGCGAUCCUGAAAUUGGAAAACUCAGCUUUACUCAUUCUGGACGAAUCGACCGCAAGCUUGGACGCCGAAUCAGACGAAAAGAUACAAGCUACCAUCCGAACAGAAAUGGGCAAUUCGACAAUUCUAUGCAUCGCACAUCGGCUGAAAACAAUAAUUGACUACGAUAAAGUGCUGGUUUUAGCAGACGGGGAAGUCCUAGAAUUUGAUGAACCCUGGAAGCUACUUUUGGACGAUGAGGAAGGUGAACAAGAGACUGGACAAGUCAAGAAACCCUCCGCAUUCAAAGAGCUUUGCUUAAAGUCCGGCCAUUACGAUGAACUAAAACAAUCCGCUUUGCAGGCUAAAAACCUUCGGUCUAAGUCUGAUUAA